AUGAUGAACGGAGGAUGCAUCAGCUGGAAAAGCCAGAAACAACGGACGGUCGCGCUAUCUUCAACGGAAGCAGAAUACAUGGCGCUUUCUGAAGCAACCAAAGAAGCAGUAUGGCUCAAGUUGUUGUUGAGGGAAUUUGGUGAGAUGGCAAGCGACGAAGCGAUCAAGAUGUAUGAAGACAACCAAGGAUCAAUCGCUCUCGCCAAGAACCCGGAGUUCCAUAAGAGAACAAAGCACAUCGACAUACGCUACCAUUUUGUGCGGGAGAAGGUGGAAUCAGGUGAAGUCGUUUUGGAGUAUUGCCCGACUCAAAAUAUGCUGGCGGACAUGAUGACCAAGCCGAUCGCCGCUGUACAAUUUGAAAACAUUCGCGAUCGACUUGGGAUCCAAGGUGCCGCAGCUAACGAGUCGAGAGGGAGUGUUGGGAAGACGGCGGGUGUGAAGAAGACACCUCGUCAAGCUGCGUCAAGUGUUGAAGCAAGCCGAAGACCAAGCUUCGAUAUACCGGUGGGUACCGGUAUGUACCAGUAA